AUGUUUCUUAAACUGGGAAGUGUGAAUACUCUUGUUGUUUCCUCAGCUGAGGCAGCUUCCGAAAUAAUGAAAACUCAUGACCUUAUUUUCUGUGACAGGCCUAAAUCCAACAUCAACAAGAAACUUCUUUACGACUUUAAGGAUGUUUCUGUCGCGCCUUAUGGCGAGUACUGGAGACAAAUGAGAAGCAUAUGUGUCCUUCAGUUGCUUAGCAACAAAAGAGUUCAAUCUUUUCGCGUUGUAAGGGAAGAAGAGGCUGCCCUGUUACUCAAGAAAAUCAGGGAGUACUGUUCUCCAGAGGCAGUGAAUUUGAGUGAAUUGUUUAUGACACUUACAAAUGAUAUAGUGAGUAGAGCAGCUUUUGGGAGGAAAUAUAGUGGAGGGGAGAGUGGAGAGAAGUUUAGGAAGCUAAUGAAGACAUUUGUGGGAAUAUUAGGUGGAUUUGAUUUUGGGACAUUUCUGCCUUCACUUGCAUGGGUUGAUAGAGUAAGUGGUUUAGAAGCAAAAGUGGAGAGAGUUGCAAAGGAGAUGGAUGAGUUUCUUGAGGGAGUAGUGGAAGAACAUUUAGAUAAUCAUAAAAGGGUGACUAACUUAUUGGGUAGAAGAGUGGAGAAUGAAGGCAGAGAGGAUUUUGUUGAUGUUUUGCUUGGGAUUUACAAGCAAAACAUGGCUGACUUUUCAAUUGACAGAGAUAGUAUCAAAGCUCUCAUUGUGGCAGCAACUUUACUGUUGUUGGGAGGUUGA